AUGGCGGACAGUGAAGUUGCUGCUGCACCACAGACAGAAAAUAAUUCAACGAACGGGGAAGUUGCCGAUCAAAAUGGACAGCCACAGGAACAAGCUCAAGCCCGUCCAGGAUUCUUUGGUAUUUUAAAGUCUUUGAUAGUGAGAAUGGUGUUCAUCUACAUGAUCAGCAGCUUCUUCAGGCGACCCACAGCAACACCAGGGAAACCUGAGGAUGGACAAUCAGCUGUACCAUACUCAGAAAAUAUUUACCCCAAGGAUACAAUAAUGGACAUGUAUAUAUACCUAUCCUUACAAGAAGAAUUCACAGACUUUAACAAACCAGACAGUCUGUUCUGGCAUCAAAAAGACCUGGUGUAUGGGGACUGGACAAGUGGUGUUGAUGGAGAUGGUAGCUUUGUUAAGAGUGGACAAAUACCUACUCCAGAGGUUGUUCAAAAUAAUGGAUCAAUAUUUUUGCAUGUGUAUUUUGUCCGUGCUGGAAAAUCGCCUAAUCCUGCAGACAAGGCCCACUACUCCAGAAGAACAACCGUCUACAAAUCAAUGAGAUUAAACAAGUUCAAAAAAAGGAAAUUCCACAAUACAGUAAAUCUGCUGACAGGCCAAACUGAUGUGCAUCCUGACCUCAUCCAGAAAAAUUCAUCAUACGAAAUCCUGUCGCACUGGCAUCCCAACCUGACAAUCAAUUUGCUAGAUGACCACUCUCCCUGGAUGCGGGGUUCCAUCCCGGCCCCUCUCAAUGACUUUGUAGAAUUUGUCCCAGGAACCAAUAAAUACUUCCCAGUACUUUACUUCAAUCAAUACUGGAAUCUCAACACUGACUACCAACCCAUCAACAGCUCUGUCAAGGUGCUGAACUUGACCUUGACCUACACACCAAUCUCACUCCUGCGUUGGCAGAUGUACGCUGCCCAGGGAAUGAGGAGUAAAUGGUAUGCCAAUCUAGGGAUGGAUUUUAUAGAGGACAACGAUGAUGACCAGGAUACCAUCAAGACGGCUUUCCUGGAGACAAACCCAUACCUGUUAGCACUCACCAUUGUCAUUUCUAUAGUACAUAGUGUAUUUGAAUUCCUUGCCUUUAAAAAUGAUAUCCAGUUUUGGAAGAACCGAAAGUCCCUGGAGGGUCUCUCUGUGCGCUCUGUUUUCUUCAACGUGUUCCAGUCACUGAUUGUUGUACUCUAUGUCCUCGACAAUGAGACAAACUUUAUGGUGCAACUCAGUGUUAUAGUUGGACUAGGUAUCGAGAUCUGGAAAAUACACAAGGUUGUCAAUGUGAAGGUGGACAGAGAAAACCUUAUCAUGGGAGUUAUACCACGUCUUUCAUUUGAUGAUAAAUCAACUUAUACAGAAUCUCAAACAAAGAAAUAUGACACGAUGGCUUUUAAAUACUUGUCCUGGGUUCUCUUUCCACUAUUGGGUUGCUACGCAGUGUACAGUCUAUUCUACCAAGAACACAAGGGCUGGUACUCCUGGAUACUUUCCAUGAUGUAUGGAUUCCUUCUCACAUUUGGUUUUAUCAUGAUGACUCCGCAACUGUUUAUCAACUAUAAACUCAAGUCUGUUGCUCAUCUUCCAUGGAGGAUGAUGACCUACAAAGCACUCAACACUUUCAUAGAUGAUAUAUUUGCAUUUGUGAUCAAAAUGCCUACACUAUAUCGUAUAGGCUGCUUCAGAGAUGAUAUUGUAUUUUUUAUUUUCCUGUACCAACGCUAUAUAUACAGAAUUGAUCCGAAGCGUGUCAAUGAAUAUGGAACAAGUCAAGAAAUGUUCGAUCAAAAUGGGACUGCAAUAACAAAUGAUCAAAAUUCUGUUCCUAAUGAGAAAGUUUGCCAAUCAGAGACUGCCAUUGGCCAGACAGAGGAGGAGGAAGAACAUAUAGCUGAACCUAAGUCAGAGCAGGAGAAGAAAAAUGAUUGAUUUUAGCUAUAUACUCAGAAAGAAAUCCAAAGUUCAAAAUUAAAAAAAAUAUAUACAUGUAUACAAUCUCUACAAAUAUGUGAUCUUGGAGUUUUAAGAUAGUGUUGUAUGUAGAAAUGCCAAAGUUUUAAGAUUUUAAGAAUUUUUCUUUUUUGCCCUGGUUUCAGUUUCACUGGCUAAAAAGAGCCAUGUGAGCUCAUAAUGUGGUGUGGCAUUCAGCGUCUAUAACCUUCCCAUUCCAUGUAGGAUGGUUUCUUUGGAUAAAGUCUGACAAAAAGGUCACAGGUCAUUGUUAAAUUUGUUAAAAGAUUUAACAAAGAAUUAACCUAGAUUUAAGGUCAUAUGGAGUUCCACAGAAAGCAAGAACUCGAACAAGCUGAUCGAAAUACCAAGAAUCAUGGAAGUAUAUCUAGAAGCUAGAUAGCAAACUAUAGAUAGAGAAAUAUCUGACUUACUCAGAUACUUUAUUGUCAAAAGAGAACUGUCUGACUUACUCAGAUACCUUCAAUACUGAACUGUCUGAUUUACUCAGAUACCUUCAAUAUUGAACUGUCUGAUUUACUGAGAUACCUUCAAUAUUGAACUGUUUGGCUUACUGAGAUACCUUCAAUAUUGAACUGUUUGGCUUACUCAGGUACUUAAUUGUUAAUAGUGGCCUGUCUUACUCUGAUAUGUAAUUUUUAGUUUACCAGCUCAAAAUGCUGGAAGAGCUGCUAAAAAUAUAUUUAAGAUCACAGAGGUCAAAUUUAUUACAACACUACUUUCAUAACUUGAUAUACUUAAUGUUAUAGAAAUAUGUUUAGUCUUGCUGUUUAGUACUACAGGGCCUAUAAUCCCCUGCCCAUUGAAGGAUAUUCAAAUUCCGCAAAGUAAAGUUUGUUCUUGAGAAGUACACAAACUCUCUCAAAUCUCCUUUGUAGGUUCCCCUUUGUCACUAGUUGUGCCCGUUUGACUUUAGGUCUGGUCAGAAAAAUAAAAUUGCCAACAGGUUGCCAUUUUGGAUUCUGUGUAAUAAAGUUUGUUAUCACUAUUUCUUGAAAAGUACUCGAUGGAUCUCUCUAAGAAAAACAAAAUGGCCGACAGAUGGUCAUCUUGGAUUUAGACUUUGAAAGUUGUUAUUGUUAUUUCUUGAAAAAUACUGCAUAGAUCUUUCUCAAAUUUCAUGUGUAGGUUCCCCUUGAUCCCUUCUUGUGCCUGUUUGAUUUUGGAACUAAUCUGAAAAAAAAUUGCUUUCAGCUGAACAUCAUUGGAUUUGGUAGUUAAAGAUUAUUAUUGCUAUUUCUGCAAAGGAUUAAUGUUCAAAUUUCUUGAAAGAGAAAAGAAGGGAAAAGAUCCAACAUUUGAAGACUAAAUAAAGAUCCAAACAAUUUUGGACAGCAAGAUUGUGCUGGGAUCUCUUAUUGUUUUAUCUAGAAAUAUCAGCCAUUUUUGGUAGGAUGUCUCCAGUAACAUUGACUUGGUCUUCCGACUUGGUGAAGGGUCAGGAUGACCAAUAGACAUCAUGUUUUAUCCACUGUUGUGGGGUUUUGUUGUUUUUAUCCUAAGAAUAUCCAAACCAAGUGUUGUCACUUUUCUGGAAUGAUCCUUAGAAUGUCCCAACCAAGUGUUACGACUUUCCUGGAAUGAUCCUUAGAAUACCCCAACCAAGUGUUGUCACUUUUCUGGAAUGAUCCUUAGAAUGUCCUGACCAAGUGUUGUCACUUUUCUGGAAUGAUCCUUAGAAUGUCCCAACCAAGUGUUGUCACUUUUCUGGAAUGAUCCUUAGAAUGUCCUGACCAAGUGUUGUCACUUUUCUGGAAUGAUCCUUAGAAUGUCCCAACCAAGUGUUGUCACUUUUCUGGAAUGAUCCUUAGAAUGUCCCAACCAAGUGUUGUCACUUUUCUGGAAUGAUCCUUAGAAUGUCCUGACCAAGUGUUGUCACUUUUCUGGAAUGAUCCUUAGAAUGUCCCAACCAAGUGUUGUCACUUUUCUGGAAUGAUCCUUAGGAUGUCCUGACCAAGUGUUGUCACUUUUCUGGAAUGAUCCUUAGAAUGUCCUGACCAAGUGUUGUCACUUUUCUGGAAUGAUCCUUAGAAUGCCCCAACCAAGUGUUGUCACUUUUCUGGAAUGAUCCUUAGAAUGUCCCAACCAAGUGUUGUUUCUUUCUUGGAAUGAUCCUUAGAAUAUCCUGACCAAGUGUUGUUUCUUUCUUGGAAUGAUCCUUAGAAUGUCCCAACCAAGUGUUUGUUUGAUUCUUGCACUGGUCUAGCAGCACCACUGAGCUGAAUCCUGGUGGAAUUGUUUGUCAACUGUAGACCACCAUUUUAAGAUAGCACCAUCACCUUUACUUGAGAAUUAGGUACAUCUCAAACUUUUGAAGUUGUACUGUAAGCCAUUUCUUGCUUGAAGUGUCUAAUGCAUCAAUUCAACAAACCUAUUUAUUGAAAGUUAUGUAUGGCUGACACGGCAGUAUUUUUUAGACAUGAUUAAGCAAUCAUCUGUUUUUUUGGAAAAUGAAAUAUAUUUUUGAUAAAUCGCUGGAGAUGGUAGUACAUAGUACAUGGAAUGUUUGAGUCAAGUGACCAUUAAGGCCUGUGUGCCUCUAGUUUUCAGUGCAAUAUUAUAUGUGCUUUAAUUUUUCAAUGAUCAAAUUCAUUAAAACAUUUGUUUACAGUAGUGAGAGUGUUUGGGAAGCGGUAUAUACAGGUGAUGAAUUCCUGAAACUUUUUCAACUCUGAGUUCGAUUCUGAUCAAACAUGUUUUAUUUUCUAUUGCUUAAUUAUUCAAGAAUAUUUCAUGUUGUGUAUUGUUAAAAACUUUUUUAAAAAAAUGGUUACUCUACGAUAUUACUGUGCAGUAUGUCAAGAUAGAUUCUAGUUCAAGUUAGUAUACUUGCCUUAAAGUAUAAGGUUAGAUAAUUUUGUAUGUAAUAUGUAGGAAAACUUGGUGCUAGAUGCUACUUUGCUGUUGGGUGAAAUUUGAUGUGCAGUGAUACAAAUGUACUCUGUUACCUCCAAAUUUGACAUGUACUUUAUAACAAUUUUAUUUUAUCACAUGUACAUUAAGUCAUUUUGUGUCAAAACAAUAUCUUAUUUCAGUCCUAGUUUUGCCAUUGAAGAGCAGGCACUAAGAUAUACAUGCAUAAAAUAUAUAUUAUUCUUCCUCGUUAAAAAUUCUUGUUCAUCAGGAAUUGCAGGAUAUUGUCCAACUUUGAUCUGAAGCAUACGUGGAUGAAGAGAAAUCAGUUUUAUAUGAACCGUUGGUCUCAGCCCCAUGGGGGCCAGAGGACAGGGCAAAAUAGGGAAAAUCUAUUACUUUCUUUGAAAUUUAUCUUAUUCUUUUAGAAUUGCAGGAUAUUGUCCAGAUUUGGUCAGAAGCAUGCUUUGGUUUGGAGCAUUUUUUGAUGAAGAGAAAUCAGUUAUGCGUAUUUUUAAGUUUCCGCCCUUUGGGAUUGGAGGGACAAGGUCCAAUAGGACUAAUAUCCUUCUUUUGUAGGAAUACCUCGAUGAUGUUCUAAUUUGGCCUGAAGCAUGCUUAGGUGAAGAAGAAUCAAUUUUGUAUAAAGAGUGGAUCUCAGCUCAGUAGGGUGGUAGGGAUAGGUCUAAGUAUGGGAAAUGGGACAAAUUCUUCAAACGCAAUCUUCCUUGUAGGAAUUUCUGGAUUCUCUCCCAAUUUGGUUUCAGACAUGAUUGAAUGAAAGGGAUCAAUUAUGUUUGAAUGGGUUCCGGCCUGAUGGUGCAGGGCAAGAUAAUGGAAAUAAAGCAAAGUCUUUCAAAUCCUUCAAUGUUGGAACUGAAGACAUCCUUGGUAAAGAGAAAUAGUUUUUUUUCAAACAGUACAUCUAACACCAUUUUGGAAUUAGAUACAUGUGUUUUAAAUAUUUUUUUCUUUGUUAAAAUAAAUAAAUUUCAGGAAACUAAACCAGGUGAAUGAUACAGGCCUUAUGUGCCCCUUGUUAAUUUUUAUAAGUUGAUUCUCCUUGGUCCCUUGUUGUGCCCUAAUGAUUUUACUGGUGGCCAUCAUGGAUUUGACUGUUGAAAGUUAUUCAGAUUUCAUAAAACAAAGAGCAAAACCAAAGAAAAGAGAAAAGAACUUUUUAAGACCAAAUAAAGAUCAAACAAUAUUGGGAGCAAAGAUGCUUUAAGGAUCUCAUUUCAUUUUUGACAAUCAAAUUUCAAAAAGCUAAUCACCAUUAAAAUGAACAUUGCUGUAUACCUCUGUAAUAGAAACACUGAUGAAAAUGUUUCUCUACGUUAAUUUACAGGAAGGAGUCUAGUGAAGGGAAUAUUGUGUAUGUAUCGUAGAUGUGUUAUGCAUUGUGUUAUAUAAACAGAAUUAUUACAAUGA